AUGAAGGUUGUUUGGCCCAUUUCAGUAAAAGAUUGCAGCUGCCAGUUCGACACAGACUCGACCACUCAGUAUUCUGUGGUGCACAAUGCAGACAACUUCGGAGCUCAUGGCCUGUAAUCCUUUCCUCUCCUAUCGGAUCUCGAUCUCUUUUUCCUCAUUAUGCAAAACUCUCUCUCCUCUCCUUCGAACCAGUAUCUCAUUUCCGACACGUUCGCCCCAGUUCAAUCCGAUAAGGUUUCAUUCCCGUUCUAUGAUGGCGAAUAGCUUCAGCUGGGACGACGUUUUCCGAAUUUCACAAGCUGACAAUGACUUGGAUGAUUCUUCAGACCUUCAAGGAUUCUUCGAAAGGGUCAAAGCUUGUAAUCGAGGAUGUGAAAAGAAAUCCGAAUUCAUCCCUUUUGUUAUUGAGCAACAAAUCGUUGGAUAUAUCCACAAUCGCUUUGCAAACCACCUUAGGGAGUUCCACAAUGUGUUUGACUUUCUAGAAGAUAAAUCCUAUAGCAGUCACUUUGGUGGCUAUAUCACUCUAAACCCAUCACUUAAGUCAUCAGAGGAUAGGACAGAAGCAGUUGCAGAUGUAAUUAACUGCUUGGGAGGGCUAAUUCCAGGUACGCGGAAUGAGCUAUACCCUGUCACAUCAUCAUUUGGGAAGCCAGAAUUUUUUUCGUUAGAACGUGCAGCUGCUCCCUACUUUGGCAUAAAGGUUUAUGGCAUCCAUAUGAAUGGCUAUGUCAAUAAGGAUGGAAAUAAGUUUCUGUGGAUAGGAAAGAGAAGUGAAGUGAAGCCAACUUUUCCCGGGAUGCUUGACCAUCUUGUUGCUGGUGGACUGCCCCAUGGGAUCACAUGUAAAGAGAAUAUUCUGAAGGAAUGUGAAGAAGAAGCAGGACUACCUAGAUCCAUUUCCAAUAGAGCUGUCCCAGUUGGUGUUGUUUCAUACAUGGAUAUCAAUGGUUAUAGUUUCAAAAGAGAUGUCCUUUUCUGCUAUGAUUUAGAACUUCCUGAUGAAUUCAUUCCAACAAAUCAAGUUCAACUCAAUGUUACAGAUGGAGAGGUGGAAAGCUUCAAGUUGGUUCCUGUCACACAUGUCAUGAACAUCAUCCGGAGGGUGGAAUUUUUCAAGCCAAACUGCUCUCUUGUCAUCACUGAUUUUCUGUUUCGACACGGAUACAUCAGUCCUGAAAAUGAUGGCUAUUUACAGCUGCUACAGAGCUUGAGGAGUGGAGAUUGCUCCUAAAUCUACUCUUUUUCUUUUGUAGUCAUUUGUUAGUCCCUGUUUUCUUGGUAUUUUUCUUGUAGUCAUGAUUUGGAAGAGGAUUCUGCGUAAUAAAUUUUCAAUAUGCUUGGCCAACAUGAAGCCUUUUCCAGCCUCUUUCUAGAGUUUUGCAACAUUUCCCAAAUAAUCUGUACUCCUAAAGGUAAUUGCAUGACUUAUCAUAGGUAA